AUUAUUUCGUAUUCGCAGUCGCUGCAGCACUUGCACUGAAAUAUAAAUCGCGUGAGUACCUAUUUCCUAAAUUAACAUAGACAAAAAUGAUCACGUUCGAAACUCUAAUAUCGUUGGUCACGGACAUCAAUACGUGGACGGCAUUUCUCUUACUAAUGGUUUUCGGAUUAUACUUCUGGGACGUCAACAAGUCUUCGGCGGAAUAUCGACGGCAAAUCGUAUCUUUACCGUCACUGACGAAAACUCAUUGGGCCCGUUUGAAAUUAAUCGUGAACCUAACCAAUAUCAAUGCACGGGGUAAGUACACGCAGCUCUUUUAGUACUAUAUUUUGGUUAAUCGAUUAUUUGUUGAUAAUUAUUUGAAUAUGUACUACAGGAACCUACCGACGUUUUAGCUAUUAUUAUUUACAUACGUAUAAGAGGUACCUAUGUGUUCACCACGGUUAUAUUGUGAACGCAAAAUUUGGAUUUAAUUUUCGAUUACACGUCGGUUGGCACAUUUUAUUUUUUUAUCUAUUUUGUAGCUUUUAUCAAAAAAAACCCAUUCAAAAUCUGUUGAACAGCAGUUAAUCAUUAUAAGACGUAAUAAUUAUAAUUACGUCUGAUUUGAAUCUCGUACACACAAAAUGGUCCGUAUUUUUCAUAACUAUCACUUUUAACUCACUGAGGAUCCUGUAAUAAAGUCUUUAAGAGGGUAUCAUAGUAACGUUUAUCGUUUCUGUUUAUCUAACUGGCUAUUGCCCAUGAAAACACAUGUUUGCUAUAUUUAGCGAAACUGUCGUGCUCCCAAUAGCAUUCAGAAUCGAAUAGACUUAAAACAAAAAUUAUUUCACCAAAUUAAAUCAAUGCAAUAUUAUAAUAUUAUUAUAUUUGGUCUGCAAUUUAUUUUCAGAUAUUUUACCUAUAUUUUACGGCUACCUCAAAAAUUAUGGGUCGUUGGUCCACUUUGAAGGUUUGGCACAUCAUUAUGUCAUUAUGAACAAUCCAGACGACAUAAAGGUAUAUCCUGUUGUAUAUUAUCAAAACGAGAAAAAUGCAUUUAUACCAAUAAUUUGAAUAAUGUUUUGUAGAUUCUGUUGUCGGACAUAAAACAUAUAACAAAAGGCCCGGAUUAUAAAAUGCUCGAACCGUGGUUGAACACAGGACUUUUGACCAGCACCGGUACAAUAAUGACAAUAAUCUUCUUCUUCACUGUCAUCCCGUAUUCAGUGACAUUUAUACCAAAUUUCCUUACGGCCUUUGUAUUGUCACAAUGUCCCACUAAAUUGUUUACCGACUGCCGUGAAAUGUAUUUUAUGUACUGCCUUCCGUUUUUGCAUUCUUAGAGUUUAAGAUCUUUUUCUAUAUUAAAUUUAACCAUCUCUUCCAUACUCUAUUAUUAUGAGUAUUUUUCCUAUAUGGUAUCAUGUCUACUUCAUAACCAUAAUAACAAUACCUGCAAUACAGUAUAUGACAUUAAUAACGAUGUGUAAAUCUAUCGAAACCGUUUCGCAGAUGAAAAAUGGCAUUCCCGGAGAAAAUUGUUGACCAACACGUUUCAUUUUAAAAUAUUGGAGUCGUACGUGCCGGCGCUCAACAAACACUCCCUACAGUUGGUCAAAAACUUGGUCAAAGCGUCCGCUUUAAACGACGGGAUCGUCCGAGACGUAGAAUCUUAUGUGUCGCUCUGCGCGCUGGAUAUUGUGUGCGGUACCUACUUAUUAUUUAUUUUGUCGAUCUUUUUUUUUUUUUUUAAUUAAAUGUUUUUUUUUUUUUUUUAAAUUGUUUACAGAAACAAUUAUGGGUGUAAAUUUACGAUCUCAAGAGCACAAAUCGGUCGAUUACGUCAAAGCGAUCAAAAAGUAAGUAAACAUGUUUCGUAUUAAUUUAAAUUCGCCAUAACGUACCUAAUAUAGACAACUUUAAUUCUAAUUUGUACCAUAUUAUAAUUUGUCUAGUGCCAGCAAUGUAUGCAUUCAACGAAUUUUCACGUUCUGGUAUUGGAACGAAACCAUCUUCAAUUUUACUAAUCUCGGUAGAAAAUUUCGUAAAUCGCUUAAACUAUUACACGGUUUCACUGAAAAUGUAACUAUACAGUCACAUCACGUGUUCAUCGAAAUACCUAUGCCUGUUAGACACAUUAAUAAUUCAGUUGUAUUUAUGAUAUUAUCAGGUUAUAAAGGAAAGGCGAGAUAUCUUAAAGAAUGGUGAACAUAAAACAAGUCCAACAAAUGGCUAGUCAAUCAAUAUAAAUAAAUAAUGAGAUGACGACAAUUUUGUAAUUCGUACCUAUAUUAUAUUUUAAUUGUGAUUUUAUUUUAAUAUUUAGUUAAGAAACGAGUGUAUUCCUUUUUGGAUCUUUUGAUCGAAACUUCCAAUGAAAAUCCCGACAUAAUGACUGACAAAGAUAUACGUGAAGAAGUGGAUACGUUUCUUUUUGAAGGACAUGACACUUCUUCGAUCGCCAUGACCAUGGCCAUAGUUCAUUUGGGACUGAAUCGAAGUAUGCAAGUAUGUGUAUUUUAAAUGUUCAAUUUUAUUUUAUUUUUCGUUUACUGUUGUAGUUAAAUAUACACUUGCUUAGAAAUUUAAAUAACGCAGCCAUAAAUAUAAAAUCUACGUUAUGUAAUAACGUAUUUAUGUAUGAGAUAUAAUAAGUAAUGUUACUUUUUUUAUGUAAAAAAGUUGAAUAGCCUGUUCUUUAUUCGUUUAAGUUAACCUACUCGUUUACGGUACUCGAUUUGUACCGCAAUGGUUUUUUUGUUUUCAACAGGAUUCGGUCAGAGACGAGCUUUAUGGAAUAUUCGGCGACAGCGACCGGCACGCAACAAUGGAAGACCUUAAAGCGAUGGUGACGUUGGACCGGGUUAUAAAAGAGACGAUGAGACUUUACCCGAGUGUGUCGGGUAUUAUGCGAAUGCUUAAAGAACCACUCUACCUCAGUGCGUAUCAUCGUGUGCUAAAAAGACGUUAUGUCAGAUUUUUCCAAAAAUGUGAAUUCAUUUCAUUUUUAUUCAUAAAAAUGUAUAUAUUUUUUUGGUCUGAAUGAAUUCAGUCUGGCAUACAUUCUUAUUGAAUAACAUUCCAAUUAGUAUUGUAUUAUAAUACACCACGAGUAUAAUAAUAAAACUAUAAAACCAUUUUUAUAUUUUUAUUUGCAUGACCGCGAAUGUGGUUGACAUUUUUUUUUUUUAGAUAAGUACACGAUACCACCGAAAACAGUAGUGGUCGUCAGUCCACACAUAUUACAUCGUGACGAAAACACGUACCCCGAACCGGAAGUGUUUAACCCCGACAGGUUUUUACCGGAACAAUGCGCUGAACGUCACCCAUUCGCGUAUCUACCGUUUAGCGCUGGACCAAGAAAUUGCAUAGGUAUACAAUAUAUUACCUAAAUAAUAUGCGUGAAUGACAAAUCAUUUAUCAUUUACAUCUGAUCAUUUAACUUGAAGAGUUAAAUCAAUGACUUUUUUUUUUUUGUUAAUUUGUAAAUUGUUCUUAUAGUUUAAAUCGACUAAAUCUAGUAGAUUAUUUCUAUUUACUCGCCUAACUUUUUAAAUAACUAUACUUACACUAAUGUUUACUUAUUUCGUUGUAUGAUUUAUUUUGUAAAUGUUUUUAGUCCUAAUUUAUCUACAUAAUAUUAUGUUGUAGGCCAAAAAUUCGCGAUAUACCAGAUGAAAAUGGUUUUAUCGACAAUCCUGAGGUACGUGAACAUAGAGACUUUGGGAACGCAACAGGACAUUGCCGUCAGUACGGAAUUAGUAUUGAAAGCUGAAAAAUUGCCUAAUUUAAAACUGAAUGUAUUGAAAACUGUUGAAAAUUGUUGAAACCGUCAUUUCAAUAAUAAUACAAUCGAUCAAUACAACGUAAGGCACUCAAGUUAUCUUCGAAAGUAUUAUGGUUAUGUGGUAGUGAUGGUUUCAUCCACCAACAUAAACGUGACAAAAAAUAAGGGUAACGUAUCGUUUUAGACAUACUUGUUUUUAAAUUGUCCAAAAAAAAAAAAUUCCGAAAAAAGUGAUUACUUUCCGAGAUAAAGAGUGUCUUUUGAAAUGCAUUGAUUGAUUUGAUGCACAUUGAUCGCUUUUUAUUGUAAAUUAUUGAACGACAAAUCAUAAUAAUUUUAAAAACACACUAUAAUAUUCGUAAUAAUAAUAACACCAAAUGUUAAUAUAAUUAAAUAAUAAUACUAAUAUAAUAUUCGUAAUAAUAUACGUCAUAUUAUGACGUACAGUAUAAAAUCUAUCAUGUGC